AAGCGAAGCGAAGUCAUCAAAAUAGAAAUCCCAACAAAUGUGUCUUCCAUUAUCUUAUAUAAGAACAAACCACGCUUCCUCUGGAACAGCAGCGGAGCAAAUAAUCAACAAAGAUGUGAGAGCUUAGGCGGCGCAACAGUCGGGCACCAUCCUGCUGUUGUCGGCGAUGAAUUUCCAGCUUUGAGUAAGGAGACGGUCUCUCCGAUCGUCAAUGGUCGGUACUCGAAACGUCGACGUCCUCUCGACCCAGGAAGCUCUACUGGAGAGAAGGAUACUAAUGGGACUAAGCCAGAUGGUGAUGCUCCGGGCGAGGCACAGCGGGAUGUGGAGGUGGAAGAGGGUCCGAGGUCGUUGUACGGACCGUGGAUGCAAGUACCUUUAGGGUCAGGAAGUCUGUCGGGAGAUGGGAGA